AUGGAGGAUGAAAUAUCUAUGAUUGAGAAAAAUGGAACUUGGGAACUUGUGAACAUACCAAGUGACAAACAAGUUAUUGGAGUGAAAUGGGUAUUCAAGACCAAACUGAAUCUAGAUGGUUCAGUGCAAAAGAACAAGGCAAGAUUGAUUGGACACAAUCAGAACCUUAAUUGCUCUUACUGCACAAAAGGACUAGAAUUAUAUCAACUAGAUGUCAAGUCAGCAUUCUUGAAUGGAAAGUUGCAAGAAGAAGUGUAUGUUGAGCAACCUGAGGGAUUUGUGGUUCAAGGCAAGGAAGAUAGAGCACCAAGAGCCUGGUAUGGAGAAAUUGACAGCUACUUCGCUGAGUGUGGGUUUGAGAAAAGCUUGAGUGAAGCUACUCUUUAUACCAAGACAAGGGGAGAAAAUGAUAUACUAAUUGUAUCCAUCUAUGUGGAUGAUAUAGUGUACACAGGAAGCAAUCAAGGAAUGUUGAAUGAGUUCAAGAGAGACAUGAAAGAGAAGUAUGAAAUGACAGACUUGGGACUUCUCCAUCACUUUCUAGGAAUGGGGGUGAUUCAGACAGAUUCAAGCAUCUUUAUUCACCAAAGGAAGUAUGCAUCUUCUCUGUUGAAUAAGUUUGGCUUAACUGACUGUAAGUCUGUGACUACUCCUCUUGUAGCCACAGAAAAGUUGAUCAAAGAUGAUGGAAGUGGUGCUGCUGAUGAAGAGAAUUAUAGAAAGCUUGUAGGAAGUUUACUAUACCUUACUGCUACAAGACCAGAUGUGAUGUAUGCUGCAAGUUUACUAGCUAGAUAUAUGCAUGGUCCUUCCAAUAAGCACUAUGGAACAGCUAAGAGGGUGCUAAGUGAUUGGGGAGGCUCUGUUGAAGAUAGCAAAAGUACAUCUGGCUAUGCAUUCUCGUUUGGAAGUGGAGUUUUUUCAUGGGCUUCUGUCAAGCAAAGUUGUGUAGCUCUCUCAACUGCUGAAGUAGAAUAUUUUAGUGCUUCAGAGGCUACAACUCAAACAAUCUGGCUUAGAUUUGUUUUGGAAGAUUUUGGUGAAUUACAAGCAGAUGCUACUCCUCUGAAAUGUGACAACACUUCUGCAAUUUCCAUCACUAAAAAUCCAAUGUUUCAUCAAAGGACAAAGCACAUUGACAGGAGGUAUCAUUUCAUCAAGGAUACUCUACAACAAGGGGUUAUUGAUUUGGUUUAUUGUCCUACUAAAGAUCAAGUGGCAGACAUCUUCACCAAGGCGUUACCAAAGGAGAGGUUCAACUAUCUUAGAGAUAAGCUAGGAGUUUUAUCAGCUCAAAGCUUAAAGGGGAGUGCCCAGUACUUGGAAGAGAUACUAAGGGUGGGUUUUUCUCAUCCUGCAGUUGAAGAGAUCAUCAUGUUUGUAGGUCCAUUGGCAGCUGGUUUUAAUGUUACCACACUUGCAGAUAAAAACCUCAAAAAUACUCCAGCAGGAGAUGUUGUGGAUAAACUGCUUGAUGAGUGGAAGUUUGGGACUCAGGAAACCACAACAGAUGAUGAAGGAUUUACAAAUAUUUCUCUGUUUCAUGGAGAUUAUGAGAUAACUGUACAAAACCACAUCACCAAUUCCUCAGCUACUCCAAGCCUUAGGGUCACACAAGAUGAACCACAAACAAUUGUCCAGCUUAAUAUUGAUACCUGA